UUUUGCUGUGGAGCGGCGAGUGGGGAGGAGGCAGAGCGAGGGGGUGGAGAGGCAGAGAGUCCUGCAGCCGGUGUCGCCAGAGGAGGCUGCGGGCUGGGCUGGGCUGGGUUGGGCUAGGUUAGGUAGCCCGGGUGGACUACGACGAACGGAGCUUCAGGCGUUUGGAGUCACCCGCCCCAGAGACUCGGAGCUAUAGCUGAGGGAGAGCGGGAGAAGAGGGGAGGGGGGCGGCGGCGGCCUUGGACGGGGGACUCAGAACUGGGACUGGACGCGGAUCUCCCCUCCCCGUCCCCUGCACCAUGAGCUGGGGCACCGAGCUGUGGGAUCAGUUUGACAACUUAGAAAAACACACACAGUGGGGAAUUGAUAUUCUCGAGAAAUAUAUCAAAUUUGUCAAGGAACGAACAGAGAUUGAAAUCAGCUAUGCAAAACAACUUAGGAAUCUUUCAAAGAAAUAUCAACCCAAAAAGAAUUCAAAGGAAGAAGAAGAAUACAAGUAUACAUCAUGUAAAGCUUUCAUUUCCACUUUGAAUGAAAUGAAUGAUUAUGCAGGGCAACAUGAAGUUAUUUCAGAGAACAUGACCUCACAGAUUACUGUGGAAUUAACUCGAUAUGUACAGGAACUAAAGCAAGAAAGAAAAUCGCAUUUCCAUGAUGGUCGGAAGGCACAACAGCACAUUGAAACUUGCUGGAAACAACUUGAAUCAAGUAAACGACGAUUUGAGAGAGAUUGCAAAGAAGCUGACAGAGCACAACAGUAUUUUGAAAAAAUGGAUGCUGACAUUAAUGUUACGAAAGCAGAUGUUGAAAAGGCACGGCAACAAGCUCAAUUACGACAUCAAAUGGCAGAGGAAAGCAAGGCAGAGUACUCAUCCACUCUUCAGAAGUUUAAUCAUGAACAGCAUGAACAUUAUUAUACUCACAUACCAAGCAUUUUUCAGAAAAUACAAGAGAUGGAGGAAAGGAGAAUAGUCAGAAUUGGGGAAUCAAUGAAAACUUAUGCUGAGGUGGAUCGUCAAGUGAUACCAAUCAUUGGGAAAUGUCUGGAUGGAAUAGCAAAGGCAGCUGAAUCUAUUGAUCAGAAAAAUGAUUCACAAUUGGUAAUAGAAGCCUACAAAUCAGGGUUUGAACCUCCUGGAGACAUUGAAUUUGAGGAUUAUGCACAACCAAUGAAGCGAACUAUAUCUGAAACUAGUCUUUCAAAUUCCAGAGGGGAUAGCAAAACAGAGCUUAAAUUUGCUAGCAAGUCCAAGGGAAAAUUGUGGCCCUUCAUCAAAAAAAAUAAGCUUAUGUCCCUUUUAACAUCCCCCCAUCAGCCUCCCCCUCCUCCCCCUGCCUCUGCCUCACCCUCUGCUGUUCCCAACGGCCCCCAGUCUCCCAAGCAGCAAAAGGAGCCCCUCUCCCAUCGCUUCAACGAGUUCAUGACCUCCAAACCCAAAAUCCACUGCUUCAGGAGUCUAAAGCGUGGGCUUUCUCUCAAGCUGGGUGCAGGACCAGAGGACUUCAGCAAUCUUCCACCAGAACAAAGAAGAAAAAAACUGCAGCAGAAAGUUGAUGAAUUAAAUAAAGAAAUCCAAAAGGAGAUGGAUCAAAGAGAUGCCAUAACAAAAAUGAAAGAUGUUUACAUAAAGAAUCCACAAAUGGGAGAUCCAGGCAGUUUGGACCACAAGUUGAUAGAAGUUGGACAGAAUAUUGAAAAGCUUCGACUAGAAGUCCAGAAAUUUGAGACCUGGCUCAUUGAAGUUGAAGGCAGACUCCCUGUCCGUGGGGAACAGGCUAGACGACAGAGUGGAAUGUAUGAAGCACAAAAUACACCCUCAGUCAAUAAUUGUGCACAAGAUCGGGAGAGCCCAGAUGGCAGUUAUACAGAGGAACAAAGUCAGGAGAAUGAGCUGAAGAUGAUGGCCACAGACUUUGAUGAUGAGUUUGAUGAUGAAGAGCCACUUCCUACCAUAGGAACCUGUAAAGCUCUGUAUACAUUUGAAGGUCAGAAUGAAGGAACAAUUUCAAUAGCUGAAGGAGAAAUAUUAUACGUCAUAGAGGAGGACAAAGGUGAUGGCUGGACACGAAUUCGCAGAAAUGAAGAUGAAGAAGGUUAUGUCCCAACUUCGUACGUCGAAGUCUAUUUGGACAAAAAUGCCAAAGGUGCUAUGACUUACAUUUAAUACCAUUAAAAAUUUUUUUUAGUUGGCAGUUUCUCUGUGACUGUUAGGACUGGAUAAACUUCUCUUCUGUGCAUUUUUUCACAGUUACACAGUAAAUUUAAUGCAUUGUAUAAUUGACUUUUUGUUGAUUAUUUUAAUAGUAAGUUUCUCUUACCAAGAUAAAGUGCCCAUAUGGAGAGCUCAGUUAACUGCCAAUAUAUGCAUAUAUUCUCAUUUGAGAUAUAAAUAUCAAUUAUUUUUAUGGUGUCUUUAGUUAACAAGAAAGUUGCAAUCUAGCUUCUAUCAAAGUAUUUCAUUAUGAUCAUAUCUGACUCAAGCCCAGUUCUUAGUUAUACCUAAUAAGAUGCACUGAUAGUUGAUAAUUUGGGAGCAAGGAUCUUUUGUUUUCUUUUUCACCAAUUUAUCAAAAGACUUAGAUUUUUAAAAUUGAACUUGAAAAUUAUAUGCUUAUCUUCUGCCUGCCCAGUCAAGAAAGUUCUCGUUUUUUUAAAUUUGUUAAGAAAUAUAAGUAUUUUGCCUGUAUGGGUUCAUUUUGCAAAAUAAAGCUCUUUUACAAAGGUGAUUUGGAAAAAAGAAGAUAUUAAUGCAUGUUGUGUUACUUAAACCUAACAAAAAUGAUGUGAAUUAGAAUCAACAAACCAUAGGAUGUUAGAGAUUGAAGGAACCUUAGAAAUUAUCUAGUUUUAUUUACCCAUUUUACUUAAGUCCUUGGUUUUAUGUGUUAUCAGAAUCUUUCCAGCCAUUAGUGAUUUGAGUUUACAUAUUUCAUAUGUUUUAAAACCAUAUCCAAGAUUCAAAAACUGCUUUCAUGUAAUCUAAUUUUACCCUUCUGUAUUUUUUAUUAAAUCAAAUCUAUUUAACUAAGCUAUAAUCCCAAACUUGGAUCAUUAUUUUGAAGCCAGCAAAUAAUGUUUUAGUUAAUUUUUUAGAGAUUUUUUUCCUUUUUAUCCCAUUCUUGAUAGGCAGCCCAUUUUGAUUCCAAACAUUUUAAAUUGCAUUAUUAAAGUUUUAUUCAAAUUAUAAAAAGGAAAUACAGUGGUCCUUAAUUCAUAGGUUCUUUUUUUAAAUUGUCAAAAAUACUUCCCCAUUUUACUUAAUAUCUGUGAAUGCUAACUUUAAGCUUCAGUACAAUUUUGCAUUGAGAAAUUCCAGGAUAAAAGGAAAUAUUUAUCCAUUACUUAAAUAUUGUUUUUUUUUUCCCAUUUGAAGACAACAUAAUAAAUGCUGAAAAAAUAUAAAGUAAAUGAAACCAUUUUAUUAUUCAUAAUACAUAGUUUUAAAAACUUAAAUGCUAUGUUUUCCAAAAAUAAUUGUACACAUUGAUUCAUAAAACAUAUCAAUAGAUUUGCAAAGAGGAUGCCUUUAAUUUCCAUAGCCUCAUUGUGAUUAUUUUUAUAAUGGAUUUCCGAGAACAAUAGACUAUAUAUCACAUUGACAGCUUAGUGAGAAUAUUUUGUUAGUUUUUAUUGUUUCAGUGUAUGAAAUAUUUAAGUGAUCCACUGAAUCUUAUUAACAUGAGUUUUUUGUACCAUUGUUAUAUAAUCUGACAAUAGCUAUUACACAUAUUCCACAAGGUGAUUCAAAAAAAUUUCAUAUGGAAUCUACUUUGUUUUAUGUGUAGAGCCCUAAGAAAAUUUCAAUGUUUUAAACUUCCCUAAAUGAAACUAUUUCUUAGAAGGAUACAUUCUGCCUGGCAUUGCUAUGUUAUCUUGAAUAGGCUUAGCUUUCUUUUAUCAUAAAUAUUCUUGUGUUGAAAUGUACAAAAAAAACAAAAAACAAAUUUUGCUUAUAAAAUUCUGCUUCCAUAAUUCUAGCCAGACUUUCUGUGGGAUCCUUCCCUUCUGCCUACUAUCAGGUUUAUAAAUCUCAUACCUCAGCCAAUAGUUCUGUAAUACUGAUCCCACUGAGGAACAACUGCUGCUUCCCCAUGUCCAUAAGCCAAGAGUAGUGGUUAUAUUUUUAUUGAUGCCAGUGCACUUUUUUUUUUUUUUUACAAUGUAGCUAAUUAUUUAAUGCUUGCCAAAAUAUUUAGAAUAUUAUAGCUAACUUUUGGGCAAUUGGAUUGUGUAAAGGAUUUUUAAAAUUGUCUUUCUGUUACAUGUCAAUAAUUCCACAUAGAAGACAUUUGUAUAUAUUGCGAUUUAAAAACUAAAGAAUUACUUGAAUUUGACUUGUUUUUAACCUUUUUUUUAUCUGAAUGUUUGUUUUAUUGGUUAUUAUUCUGCUGCCUAAUAAUCCUUUUGUUUUUAUAAGUGCUGGUUAAGCCACAAGGACUGUUACAUUCGUAGCUAGGGUCCCUGCUGGCUGUUCCAGACUUGACUUUAUUAGAGACACUUUGAUUCUGAGUAAGUUAUGUUUGAAUGUAGCCAAUGUGAUUGUUUCUCUCUACUCCUAUUCUAAAAGAAAAACUCUUUGUCUGGUAUUACCUUCUAGCUCUGUCUUUUAUAUUUGCUUCUAAUAAACAUUAUAUUUUCUCAUGAUUUUGUAUUUUAAAUGAUUUUUCACCCUUCUGAGCCAAUUAUUUCCUAUAGUACAAUCUUUUUAUCUUUAGCAGUGGGGCAUUUUCUGUCCAAAUGCAUAUAAAAAUCUGACCUCCCUUACAUCCAUGGUAACUUUCUCAUUCUUCUUUACCAUAUAUGUAUUUAUGGGCUUAGAAAGUCUGUGUUUCUUUUUCUUGCUGCUUUUCUGCACUCCUCAAAAUGAAGAACUUUCACUGUUUUCUGCCUGAUAUACACUGAGCUCUGUUUACCUUGUCACUAAAACAAAGAUUUUGUUAUUCCCCCAAUAAAAAAAAAAUAGCAGAAUUGCAACUAAGGAAAGGAAAUUGAACCAGUUUUUUUUUUUCCCUAUCAAUAAAAUAUUGCUUUCUUUUCUUUCUUAAGUGACUAAAAUUAUGAGAAAUAGUCAUUCAGAUAAAAUUUUUUUUAAUCUUUCAGGAGAUAAUCUUUCUUAAUCUAGGUUGGAAAAUAGUUUGCUAUAACAAAACAGUGAAAGUUACUUAUCCCAAGGAUAUUACCUUGGUACUGACUGUUCUAGAUUUUUCUGAUUGCUAUACUUUCCUUUUACCGUUUGCCUGGUGGGACAUUUGCAACCUAGAGCAAUAUGCCCACUCCUCAUUUACUGCUUUCCUUGUUAACACAUAGUUUUUGUUUGUUUUUGUGUUAUAGAUUCCUAAAAGUGCUGUGCUGGUGCAAGAGCCUCAAGUGAGCUUUCACAGGAGGAAAAACAGUCUGCUUGUUUCCACAGGCCACUCAAACGGGUCAUGUGCAAAGACUUCUUGAGCUGGUCUGGAGUUAACACUUGAAAUCUCAAUCUGAAAUGAUAUCCCCACAUUACUCAGAUGCUUGCUCUUUUCUUACAGCAUGUUCUUUGUGGCUCAGACUAAAACGUAGACCUUACCUUUGGUUCUGUUGGAUGGGCUUCCUUUUCAGGGAGUUACACUGACAGACCUGCUCUUUAAUUUCCAAUUCAAUUCAACAUUGGUGAUUUUGGGAGGUCUUCUCCUUGCAACUCAAAACCAGAAAUUCCCAGAGAAGUGCCCUAUGGCCUUUGUUAAUUGCUCCCUAGCUCUCAGUUGGCUUGAAUGUGUGACCUGGCCCAUCUCAAUUUCACAACGUGCCUUUUGUGAUUAUUUUACAACUAGUCUCACGAGAAGACUUAGGGAAUCUAGAACUAGAGAUCCAGACAUGCGUUAGCUAGACAGAGUGCUCAGAUUUUUUAAAAUGUAUUGAGUACCAUAGCAAUCAACAAUAAAUAAUUCUUCCUUUCCAAAAGGCCAUGUGUAUUCAUUAGGGCUUUUUGAUAGCUGACUCUGCUGUCACACCAAACAUACACUUUUUCAGAAUCCAGCCUGAUAGCUAUGACUGCUUACUUGCUUCUCUCCUCCCCACCCCCUACUUCUCUUAAGUCUUACUCAACCAUAGAUACGUCUCUGCAUGCACCAGCAAAUGUUUGAGUUAGCGAUUCCGUCUUCAGUGUCUUCCAAAGAUCCAGUUUUAAAUCUCAUUACAGUCUGCAUGCUGGCCCUGCUCCCCUGCCUGUACCCACCAUCCAUGAAGUUUGAAGGGCUUUGAAGCCUGGCAUUCCUUUAGUAAUCUACCUGUUUGUUAGUAAUAGUAGCUUGAACCUGUGCCUGGGUACAGGUAAUUCGGGCAUGAGUACCUCACCUAUGCACUGUCAUAUUGGAACACAAAAAACGUUUGACUUUGUUCUUUCCAGGACCCCAAAGAGAUACAUCAUCGUUUAUCACAUCAAAUGACUUUAAAGUGAUUGUCUUAUAGACAAUUUUUUUCCCCUAAGUAAUCCUAUGACCAGAAUCAAAAAACAUUUAUAUCAUUUCUAAAUUUUAACAUUAUUUGGUCCAAAGUAUAGUUUGGUUUUUGAAAUAGAAUUCCUUUACCACUUGAAUUUUUAAUUAAUACUGAAAUUAUGUCAAUGUGGCUAUCCUGGUCUUAGAUAAGCCAUUUUUUUUAAAUAAGGAAAGCUCUUUUCAAACAUUAUUUAGCAUAAAUUUCACCAAGACAAGAAUGUUUAAGGUCAAUUAUGAAAGCUGUGAGUUAGAAUAAAACUUGAUAUUUUUUGUUUUAGACGGGCAUUAGUAACUGUUUAGUGAAGUUUCACUUUGGUUUCUAGUAACCAGAAAAUUGCUUUGUAAACAUUGUCAUUCCUUCUUUGAGAAUCAGACUUUAAAAUUUAUGUCCAACUCAGAAGAGAAAUGCUGUCUCAGAGGGAUGUUUAGGGCUGGGUUUGUUGACUGAUUCAGUAUAUCAAAAUUUGGAAAUUAUUCAAAUCAAUAAUUGAAAAAAAAAGUGAGAAAGGGGGCUUGCUGCAUAUAUCAUGACUUCAGAAGCAAGUUCCAUUCCUGGCUGAAACUCUUUAAACUAAUACUGUCUUUAGGAGGAAAGAGGAAGACAGUAACUAAAAAGAAAGCCUUCUUCCCUCUUGACUUAAGUUCAGGAGGUUGGAAAACCCCACUGAACUCUCUGGGUUGUUCAAAUGUCAUUCUGGAAGAGUUUUGUUUCUAUGGUUACUUCAAUGAUGAAUUGAUGCAAUAGUUGGUUUGAGGGAAUUCUUCAAUGUCCAUCAUGCUUCAAGGAAGAGGAUUGGUUUGAGUAAAUAAAAUUAAAGUUAGAAACAUAUUUUUUUAAAAAAAGUAACUCAUCUCCAAAAUCUUGCAGAAGUAGUUGUCCUGAGGUCAUUGGAAUUAUUCAUUAUUGCCUGCUUUGCCCUUCAGAAGUUGAGACUGCUAAUUACAAAUAUCACCAAAAAAGGACCAUUCUAUACUUUAUCCUCCAAAUAAACAAAUUUUGCUUUUGAGAUGUCAGAACCUUGGACUGGGGUAAUUCCAUGUGUAUCUAUUAAUUAUUCUAUAAUUUAUUCUUUUAAUGUCUGAUACACUGUUGCACUCCCAUGUCAGCUGUGUCCAAGCAAGAAUGGAAAAUGUUUAAUUUUCCAUUGGUUGUAGAUAGAUAACAAAUCAUUAGCCUUUAUAGAUAAUCAACUUAUUGCAAUGUCAGAGUUGCUAAAUAAUGAUGUUGGAAGGACUAUUAGCUUGAGGGUACCAGUGAGGCUCAGUGGGAAAAAAACUUCUGAUGACAACAGUGAAAAUGUUAUAAAAUAGUUCACAGAUAAAAGCUCAGAAUCUCUUUAAGUGUUUCUUUCUUUUCUUGAUACCUCCUAUCACUGCUUGAAGGUUGUGAUAUCAUUUUAGAUUUUAAUUUUAAAGAGAACUAACCCUAAGUGUUGACAAAGCAAAGUCAUUUCCCAAAAGAAAAAAUCUAAAAUUAAUCCCUCCUCAAGAUAUGCUGAAGAAAAAUUGAAAAGGCAUUAAUUGCUGUGAUGGGACUCACCUUUGAAUUUUUACCAAUUUCACCUGGUAACAUGUUGUGACCCUUCCCAUCUCUAAAGUGAGUGAGAUUUGCCAUCGCCCCACCAGCAGUUAUUAAUUAGUUUAAUUAACUAAGUUUCUGUAACAUCUGUAAAUAGAGAAUAAAAAAACAUAAUUACUGAAAAAUAUAAAAA